GUCAAGUUAAACCCCUUCUCUAAAGUGGUUCACAACAGAGCAACAAUCUCCUUAUAUAGCUCUUUCCAAUUUGCCUUAUUGACACUUGCUGUUCUGCUCUUUCCAAAUUCGGUUCCUUCAUAUCUCACACAAAGACCAAAAUGUCUGGCUUCAAGAAACUCCCAACCCCUCUUCGUUCUUCAAAUUCAUAUAAUUCCCUUUAUGAUAAUCCCUUGACUGAGCUAAGACAAAACAGAAGCAGCAGCAGUGGCAGUGGCAGCACUAUAGGAGAAACAUUGGGUGUUCAUUUGCUCCAGAACCAACUCAUUAUCUCUGAUAACAAAGAGAACGAGACACCAAAUAAACCUGAAAAAUCCAAUCUUUUUGAUAAAGAAAAUGCUUUACCGUUUAAUUGGACUGAUAAGGUUGUGAAUAAAGAGUCUGCUUUGAAAGACUCGGUUUUGAAGCCAUCUUCACUUCAGUUAUGUAUACAACAAAAUGAACCAGAGUCCAAGAUUGGGUUGAAAAUCUGGGAACAUGCGGAUACAGAGACGCCGAAUUCUGCUAACAUUUGGGAUUAUUCUGAUUCUGAGGCUGCUCCAGCUUCUUCUUGGUCUACACUUCCAAAUAGGUCAUUGUUGUACAGGCCUUUGCCUAUAGACAUUGGAAGAUGUACAUGUGUCAUAGUAAAGGAAACAUCUUCAGAAAGCCGGGAUGGAGGGACUUUUUACUCACUUUAUACUAAUGAGGGCCAUGGACGUCAGAAUCGGAAACUCGCCAUUGCGCAUUACAGAAGGCGUGGUGGAAAAUCUGAGUUUGUAGUUGCUCAAAAUACAAAGGGGUUAUGGGGAAAAUCAGACAGUUUGAUUGGAUGUGUAACUGCUAAUCUACUGGGUUCAAAAUACCACAUAUGGGAUCAGGGCCGUCCCAAUUCUGCAAUCAAACAGUCAAAAUUGCUUGGUGUUGUAACAUUCAUGCCUACCAUCGCAACCUGGACUGGGAGCUACCGAAGGAUGAAAGCAUGCAUACCAAAACACCAGUCAAUGCAGUUGAAGAGUACAACUCAGCACAUCAACGGACUACCCGCGGAUUGGGAGGAGCACAUGGACAAAGUAAAUCAGCUGUUUUCAAAGAUUCCACAUUACAAUAAGGUGUCAAGACAGUAUGAGUUAGAUUUUAGAGAUAGAGGAAGAGCAGGACUCAGAAUCCAGAGCUCAGUUAAGAACUUCCAGCUGACAAUGGAGAAGAACGGAAGGCAGACAAUUCUACAACUUGGUAGAGUGGGGAAAGCUAAGUAUGUGAUGGACUACAGGUAUCCAUUGACAGGUUAUCAAGCAUUUUGCAUAUGUUUGGCUUCUAUUGAUUCAAAGCUGUGCUGCACACUGUAAAUGGAAUUUCUGGAGCCUUUUGUUGUUCAACCUCUGAACAGCAAGUCAUUGAUUUGACUUAAGUGUGUUCUGCAAUUUUUUCUGAACGAGAUAUAAGUAUCAUUAUUCAUUUACCCUGCUUGUUAAGUUUCCUUAAUGCAUAUGAUGGAAUUUUUUUUACAUUAA